AGAAAGUCAUGCUGAAGAGAUUGAGAUCCUCAUGACACACUGAUAUAAAGAUGGCGUUGAUUAAAGAGGAGAGUGAAGACUUCAGGAUUGAAGAAGUGUUCAGUCUGAAACAAGAAGAGACUGAGGAACAAACAGAGCUGCUGGUGCUGAAAGAGGAGAAUCAAGACCUAAAUGAAAUGGAACAGACAGAUCAAUAUGAGAAAGACCAUGAUUUCAUAACUGGUGAAAAAGCAACACAGACUAAAACAGCUUCUGUACGAAAAAGAGCUCAGAAAACCAAAUCAAACAGUUCUUUUACCUGCCAUCAUUGUGGGAGGAGUUUCAGUGAAAAACAAAAACUUAAAAUUCAUGUGAGAGUUCACACUGGAGAGAGGCCAUUCCCCUGCCAACAGUGUGGAAAGAGCUUUGCUCAACAAGUAGCCCUUAAAAGGCACAUGAAAACUCACUCAGGAGAGAAGCCUUACACCUGCCAAGAGUGUGGAAACAGUUUCACUCAAAAAGAAGCCCUUAAAAGGCACAUGAGAACUCACUCGGGAGAGAAGCCAUUUACCUGCCAACAGUGUGGAAACGUUUUCACUCAAAAACAAAACCUUCAAAGACACAUGAGAACUCACUCAGGAGAGAAACCUUACACUUGCCAUCAGUGUGGAAAGAGUUUUACACAGAAAGGCAGCCUUCAUUCCCACAUGAACAUUCACACUGGAGAGAAGCCUUAUACAUGCAAACAGUGUGGAAAGAGUUUCCCUGCAAAACAAAACCUUAAAAUCCACAUGAGAGUUCACACUGGAGAGAAGCCUUACUCUUGCAAGUAUUGUGGAAAGAAUUUCACAAAUGCAUACUCCCGUAAUUACCACAUGAGAGUUCACACUGGACAGAAGCUGUUCACAUGUGAUCGUUGUGGAAAGACCCUCACAACAGAAUUUAGUCUUAAGUGUCACAAGAUCAUGCACACUGGAAAGAAACCCUUCAAAUGUGAUCAGUGUGGAAGGCGUUUCAUAUGUAUGAUAAGACUUGAUUACCACAUGAAGACUCAUUCAGCAGAGGAAUGCUGUAAAUGUGCUCAGUGUGGAAAGAGUUUCAGAAAUAAAGGUAGCCUCAACGCUCAUGUGAGAAAACAACACACAUGAGAGAAGCCUGUGGGAAGAGCUUAGUGUGGAAUCAUGUGAAGAAACCCACAUUUCAUUUCAUUCUGGGGAGAACCAUUUUAUAUGCCAUCAUUGUGUAAAGUGUUUCACAGUCAGAGGAAACCUAAAGACUCACAGAGGAGUUCACACUAGAAAGAGGCCUAACAACA